AUUUAUCUAAAACAUUUUUUAGUGUUGUAAUUGUUAUUUGAUAAUGUAAUGGGGGAAGUACAAUAGAUCGCAAUAUCCCAAGUACCAUGAUGUGGAUACGGGAACAAACAGAUCUCAAAUUCCUUGUCAAAGUGCAUGAAAACUUUCAAUCCAUGCUGAAUUUUGAAGCAGGGGAUUGGUAGUGGAAACCAAGGAGUUUCUUCCAAGUUCAAAGAACAAUGAUGAUGACUUUGCAUACCUACAAAUCUUUACUCGGGAUAAAUAGCCACCCCACCCCUCAAUCACCCUUUGAAUCAAGCACAAGAUAAGGGCUUGGUUGCCAAUCCGCAAGGAAUCAAAUUGGGGCGAAAAAAAUACUGUAGUUACUGCUAAAUCCAAGAAUUCUGUCCAUCCCUGAAUCCCCUCUUUAUUAUAAUAUAGACCACCACCUUGUUGUAGAUCCAAAAAUAUUCAACCACCUUAAAAAGUUCCUACAGUUUUUCAGUCGGCCUCAUGUGGGAGUAAGUGUUACUGCAGAACUGCAACUAUGAUCAAUAAACUCCAACUUACAUCUUUUGUCUUCUUCAAUCUUGUUAUUGUAUCUGUUCUUGCCCAAAACCUGCUCAGCUGCGACACAGCAUCUUCAUUGGACUAUGUUUGUGGUGGGAAUAAGUCUCAGCAAAAAUGCAAGACAUUUGCUGUUCUUCGGGCUAAUCCUCGAUACUCGUCUCUUUCGAAUCUGAGCUCUUACUUGGGCAUUAGUCCUUCCGAGCUUGCCAAAGCUAAUGACUUUUUGGGUGAGACCGAAAUCUUGUCUGCGGAGCAGCCUAUUUUGAUCCCAAUUGAUUGUGAAUGCAGCAGUGGGGGGAUUUUUGGAGCACAAGUGAGAAAAACCACUGUUGCAGGAGAGAGCUUCUAUGAGAUUUCCGAGUCUUUGGAGGGCUUAACAACUUGCAAGGCCAUUCAGGAGAAAAACCCGAGUAUUUCCCCCUGGAAUCUUGGAGAAAGAAUUAGUCUUUUGGUUCCUCUUAAGUGUGCUUGCCCAGCUACAGAUGAUUUGAGUAAGUUUUUGCUGUCUUAUCCAGUUAGAGAAGGUGAUAAACUAAGUGAAUUGGCAGUUAAGUUCAAUGUUAGUCAAGAAAGUAUAGUUUCUGCUAAUGGCAGAUGCUCAAGAGCAGGUCUUUUCAAGCCAAAUAAUAGCCUUGUACCACUCUCAACUCUUUUGAUUCCGUUAAAAGCCAAGCCUGUUCUUGGUCUUUCAGCAAAAUCCCAGGAGCCCAAUUUGGGAUAUCCAGCAGCCAGCAUUAAAGUUAGAGGUUCACAUAAGAGGAGAAAGCCUAAAAUGUGGAUGAUUGGAGUUUACAUAGCUAUCGGCAUAGUCGGGCUUCUGGCUUGCUUAGCUAUUGGUGCAGCCUUUUUCUUUAUUCAUUGCAAGAGAAAGAAGGAAGAUCCAAUCAAGAAUGGAGAUUCGGAGCUUCAACAACUGAGUUUGAGCAUCAGAACCACGAGUGAUAAGAAAGUCUCGUUUGAGGGAUCUCAAUACAAUUUUGAUGAUCCGAUUACUGCUACUACCACUCCCCACAAGAUGCGGGACGAAAACUACACAUUUGAGGAGCUGCAGAAGGCCACAGAGGACUUCAGUUUGAGUAACCUCAUUGAGGGCUCUGUAUUUCACGGCCGGCUCAAGGGGAAAAACUUGGCCAUAAAACGUGUCCCUUCAGAUGUUAUCUCAAAAAUUGAUUAUGAGAUUCUACAGGAUAGAAUUCACCGUCACCCCAACACAAUCAGGCUCUUGGGAACUUGCCUGACAGACAGUCCUGAUUCAUACAUAGUUCUUGAGUACGCGAAGAACGGUUCCUUGAAGGACUGGAUCCACGGUGGAUUGGCAAUCAAGAGCCAUUUCAUUGCUUCUUGCAAUUGUUUCUUGACAUGGAAUCAGAGGGUGAAAGUCUGUGUAGAUGUGGCAACAGCCUUACAGCACAUGCACCACAUCAUGAAUCCUAGUUAUGUCCACAGGAACAUAAAGAGCCGAAACAUAUUUCUUGAUGAAGACUUCAGCGCAAAAGUUGGUAAUUUCGGUAUGGCAAACUGCAGUGGACAAGAAGCAGAGGAUCAAGAAUCAUAUCAAGCGGCCUGGAACAAAGGAUACUUAGCACCUGAGUAUCUCAGUGAAGGUAUAAUCUCUCCAAGUGUGGAUGUUUUUGCUUACGGGGUGGUCUUACUGGAGGUUUUGUCUGGAAAACCUCCAAUCACACGGGAAGAAGGCAAGGAAGACGGAAGUUUGAUCAAGCUGUCGGAUGAAAUCAAGCAGAUUUUGCAAUCAGAAGAUGCAGAGGAAUUGAGGGAAUGGAUAGAUGGUGCAUUGGGGGAGAAUUAUUCGUUCGAUGGAGCAGUGAUGGUGGCGAAUCUUGCAAGAUCUUGCGUGGAGGAUGAUCCGUCGUUGAGGCCUAAUGCUGGAGAAAUAGUUGAGAAGUUGCUGAGAUUGGUGGAAGAAUUGGGAGAAGGGGAAGAGUUGAAUGUGUGUGAGAGUUCUUGCAAACCGCUUGUGAAGGCAGCUGCAAUAGAAAUGUGAAGUUCAUUGUAAUCAGAACAGCAUUUUGAUGUUGCUAUUUACGUUAAGAUAUCAUAUAGUUAUAGAUGUUUACUUAAAAGUUUUUGGUGUUUGUGGUGUGACUGAGAGUGGGGAUGUAUUAUGUACAGAUGGUACGGUAUAAGGAAGCAGUUAUGAAGAAAAUGUUGUUUGGAUAUUGGUUAGGGUGGCUUAUUAAUAAUUGAUCGGUAAAAAGGAAAGAUGAGGUUGUGAUGGGUUGGUCGUAACCUAUACAACAUUUAACCCUUUAAACCAAAUUUCUAGAGUCAAAAUUGCUGGGAAGGCAUCAAAGAUUUUGCAAAGAAGAAUUAAGGGAAAAGAAAAGUCAACUAAUAAAUUAGUGAAGUAGUAAUUGUGGGAAGUGGGGGAAAAAGGAGGGUGGGUCGUGGGUGUGUAUUUGUCAUCCCUGUCUGUCUCUGUCUGUCUUAUGAUGAUGAGGUUAGAUGAAAUCGUCAUUACCCACAUCACCACGCUACUCGCGUUUAUAGAAAACGUUGGAAUUAACACAGAGUCUGAACCAAUGUGUGGUCGGUUAGACAACUUGGGCUUACACACCCCACACCCACAGCAAUGCAUCCACAUCAUUUAUGCACAUCUCAAUCUCAAUCUCAAUCUCAUCUCCCACGUCGAGGACCACUCAUUUUUGUAUUAUUAAUUCAAUUUUCAUGGAAUUGGUUUUGUUGGAUUUUUGUAAGCUCCAGAAGCUUUUCUUUCCGGACAAAAUUCUCUAGUAUUUAUUACAGAAUCCCAAGACCAACAAAAUAAGACUUUUCCUUCCCUCUCCUGCCCUCUAUAUGUUCCCACACACUCUACCUCAUAUUUAUAUAUAGGCUAAUUAAGACUUCUGAAUAUCGGUUGAUGAUCUAUGGAAGAUGCAAUGCCCGCAUCUCCAUUAAACACUUCAACUUACCUCUUCAUCAUCACCACCACCAUAAUAAUAAUAACAUCAUUAAUUCAAAAUUAUUAUAAAAGUUAAUAACAUACAUGAUAUCAUCUCUUAUUCCAAAUAUUAAAUAAUUAGUACGUA